AAAAAAACGACGACGAAAACGUACCACAGCAACGAUUCAGGCGUGUCUAGCGCGAGUGGGCGAGGCAACAAGCGGAAAGAUAAGCCGCGAGUGUAAGAUAAACCUCGAGCCCACCUCACAGGCCGAUUCCGAAAUACCUGUCCGUGUAGUGUACGACAAGUGUGGUCCGCAUGACGACGGCGUCGACGACGACGAUUACGAUGGCUAACGGUGGUACGGUGCCAGACGGUGAGUCGUUGGGUGCGAACAGUGCCAUCAGCAAAAUUUGUAGCGUGUGCGGGGACAAGGCACUCGGUUACAACUUUAACGCGGUCACCUGCGAAAGCUGUAAGGCCUUCUUCCGACGCAAUGCCCUCUCCACCAAAGGGUUUACGUGUCCUUUCAAUGAAAAUUGCGACAUAACCGUUGUAACGCGACGUUUCUGCCAAAAGUGUCGGCUGGAAAAGUGUUUCCGGAUCGGCAUGAAGAAGGAGUACAUAAUGUCGGAAGAGGACAAGGUGUUGAAGCGGAAGAAAAUUGAACAAAAUCGUGCCAAAAAGAGGCUAAGCAAUGGGAGUGGGUCGGAAGCAGGGGCCGCAACGAGCGAUCGGGAAGCUACACCGGGCAGGACCAAUGUGCCGACCAAGAUAAAGCGCGAAAAGUCACUGGAAACGUUCGAUGGUGGUGACUGUUGGAACAAUUCCUCGUCCUCGGAGUAUGGAACGGGGGAAGUCCUGAUUCAGGCGAACGGAACGGGCAGUUCGACGACGACGCUGACAACAGCCGGGACGAUCCUUGAAGUUCCCUCCAAUUCAUCCAAUCAAUCGAUGCUAUCCAAUGGCACGUCGAACGAUUACAGUCGAAUUACUUCACCGUCAGAACUGAGCAGUACGCCCAGCUCAUCCGCGUACAACAAUCCACACAGUUCUCUUUCCUCCGAUGCGGAGCUUCUUUCCUCUGCCGUUGCCUCAUUACAGUCGUCAAGCAAUGGGACUAAACCACAGGACAUGUCGCAAACGCAAACCAACGGACGUACGGGAGUAGGUGACGAUCGACUACCUCCGGUAACGAUCGAUUCCAGUGCGGAGGAUAUUGUGAAUCGUAUCGUCAACUAUCCUACUCGAGCCAGCCAAACUAUCGCUUCGCUGAUGAAAAGCCCCAAGGAUGCAGUAUUUAUAAUGUCCAAAAUUAUCAAUUCCCAGUGCGAUGCGCUGAAGCUGAUCAGUCAUUUCAUUACCGCACCGGGCGAUGCGUUACAGAUCAUCAGCAAAAUUAUGAACUCCCCGCUGGAUGCGCUGACGGUGUUUGCUCAAUUUAUGAGCUCUCCUACGGAUGCGCUUCAGCUGAUCGGGAAGAUCGUUAGCUCGCCGGCUGAUGUGCUUCAGUUUAUGCAGCAGCUCAUGAACCAACCGGAGGAUGCUCUGCAGGUAAUGAACAAAUUUAUGAGCUCCCCGGCCGAAGCUCUGCAAAUGAUCAACAAAAUGAUGAACCAUUCCGAUAUUGUGAAAACGAUCAAAGAAGCGGCCGAUACGUCCCAGAAAGAUGAAGACGAACAGCAGCAACAGCAGCAGCAUCAUCACCAGCAAGAGCAACAACCAUCACUGUUAUCCGCUAUGCAGCAGCCAAUAGCUGAGCAUCAAAUUCAUCAGACGGAUUUACCCUUAGCCUCGUCGUGCAUUGAUUCUGUGGCAUCCGAUCAGCAUCAGAUGAUUCGCUCCAUCAUGCAAGAAGCGACGAUCGUUACGGAUCCGGUUGGUACGAUCAGUGCUGCCGCUUCACCAUCGUCCACAUCCAACUACGAGACUCCCUACACAUCGAUGCUAGACCCGUUGCUUUCGAGCACAACCACCUCGCUAGUACAUUCCCACAACUACAGUCACAGCCAUCACCAGCUACAAAUGAGCACGGGGAUCCAGCCAGCCUCGCCCAGCUGCUCGAGCGACAUAGCGGAUGUAGUGUUUGCGGCAUCGUCCACUUUUGGCCAUGAUCCCCCGAUCAUUGUACCGCCGUCGGAUGAUUUAGGCAUAUUCCAGGACAUUGAAGCAAAACCAGUGAUGCCACACACGCUAGAAUCGGUCCUGAUGCAAGCGAUAAAGCUCGAGUACGAAGGAUACAACAGCAGUCCGAUCGGUACGAGCUCGAGUCAGCAGUCGACCACACAUCACUCGACCGUUGGUAGUAAUAGCAUCGAGUUAAACGAUGCUGAAAGAGCCAAGCUGAACGAACUGAUUGUGGCCAAUAAAGCGCUGUAUGCACCGGUUGAUGAUGAUCUCGCGUCACUCAUCUCGGACGACUGCCGGAUAAAGAGCAAUCAAACGCAGCAAGAUCCUCAGCUGCUGAAGGUGAUAAACUUAACCGCCAUUGCCAUACGACGCUUAAUCAAGAUGUCCAAAAAGAUCAGCGCCUUCAAGAACAUGUGCCAGGAGGAUCAGCUGGCACUGUUGAAGGGAGGCUGCACGGAAAUGAUGAUCCUACGUUCCGCGAUGCAGUACGAUUGUGAUAGAGCGACGUGGAAGAUACCGCACAGUCAGGAGGAAAUGUCAAACAUACGUGCCGAUGUGCUCAAACUUGCCAAAGGCAAUGUGUACCAGGAGCAUGAACGUUUCAUUCGGACCUUUGAGAAGAAAUGGCGUUCGGAUGAGAAUAUAAUUUUAAUCAUGUGUGCCAUUACGCUGUUUUCGCCCGAUCGUCCAAAAACUAUACACUCCGAUGUGAUUAAACUGGAGCAGAAUUCGUACUAUUAUUUGUUACGUCGUUACUUGGAAAGCAUCUAUCCUGGUUGUGAGGCACGCUCGGUAUUUCUGAAGCUGAUGCAGAAAAUAUCGGAACUACAUUUUUUGAACGACGAAAUUAUCAGCGUUUACCUGAAUGUUAAUCCAUCGGAGGUGGAACCACUGUUGCGUGAAAUAUUUGACCUUAAGGUGCAUUAAAUGAGUC